ACUUCGGUAUCAUGGCCCUAGUGGAAGGCAGAUGCUAACUGAUUGAGCCAUCUAGGCGGCCUGGACAUAGAUUGAUUUUUGUCCCUCGAUCAGCCCUCUGGGAUCUUGGCCAAGAAAGUAGGAAAAAUCAGCAUUUGCUCAGGAUGGGGACUACUCAAGAGGACUAGGAAGAGUAGAAAAGGAAACUUGGCCCAGGCAGGUUUUUCACCAACUACUUUUGAUUGUGAAGGACCUUCCCGGCUGUGCUCAGGAGUGACUCCCAGCUGAUAGUACCGGUAGUUUCUGUGUUUUGGUCUCAGAGCUUUUGGUUCUUUCAUUCUCUGUCAGCAUGUUUCUGGCCCACAUGAGGGCCAUGCACACCUUUGCCUCUAUCAUCAACACCUCUGAGGACUAGCGAAGCUAAGUCAUCCCUGGUGGCCCCCGGGACAACUGCAGGAACGGAAGCAUUAGCAAGCAUUCCUGUCUGUGGGCCAGGGGCUGCCACCGUCGUACAACCCAGAUCUUGCAAAGACCUCCUUCCAACUGGCCUCCCCUCUCAUCCGAACCCUGUGUUGUGUUGCAGGGGUAGGGAGGGUGGGGGCGGGGAGGGGGAUUGAACCUUGUGGCAAUAACCAAGCCUCUGAAUUGCUGAGCUGGUUUUAAUUGAAGUGUGAAAGGAGGUUUUAAGGCAGAGAGACAACAUCCUGUUGUUCCGGCGCUCCUCUCUCUUUUUCUGCACAUCUGGCUGAACUGGGAGUCAGGUGGCUGACUUGGGGCCCGGUUGCAGCAAGCAGCGGCCUCUGCCUUCCACUGUCCCACGCCUCAGCGGCCCGCGAGUCCACCAGGUCAUGGACGCAGUGGCUGUGUACCACGGCAAAAUCAGCCGGGAGACAGGGGAGAAGCUCCUACUUGCCACGGGUCUGGAUGGCAGCUAUUUGCUGAGAGACAGUGAGACCGUCCCGGGCGUGUACUGCCUGUGUGUGCUGUAUCAAGGUUACAUUUAUACAUACCGAGUGUCCCAGACAGAAACAGGUUCUUGGAGUGCUGAGACAGCUCCUGGGGUUCAUAAAAGAUUUUUCCGGAAAAUAAAAAAUCUCAUUUCAGCAUUUCAGAAGCCAGAUCAAGGUAUUGUAAUACCUCUGCAGUAUCCAGUUGAGAAGAAGUGUUCACAAGGUGCUACAGGGAGAAGAGAAGAUCCUGAUGUCUUCCUGAAAGCACCGUGAAGAAAAAUCAAAUACCUUGUACUUUAUUUUCUAUAAUUUAAAUAUAUGCUAAGUCUUAUAUAUUGUAGAUAAUACAGUUCAGUGAGCUACAAAUGUAUUUCUAAAACCAUCAUAGUCCUGUAAUGCAAGUAUCUAGCGUGAUGUAAAAGCUGAAAUGGACUUUGCCGAUAAUGUGGAGCUUUGAAAUAAGGUUAUUUUCAGUAUUAUUUACAAAUAGGAAAUGAUUUAAAGCAUAAUGAUACUUUAUAAAAGAUUAAUAUCAAUUCUUGCCAAAUAGAAAUAAAAAAAUCCUGUUUUUUCUCAAACGCAUAAUUUUUUAGUGAAAUAUUAUUUGACAGCUACUGAUUUUAAAAUGUCUUUCUUGAUUAGAUGGCAGGAAGCUGGUUUCUCGUCCCUCGUCUUUGUCAUGUGUGGUUCUAAUUAAAUAUCACACUCUCCACUGGCUAUGGUGUUGUAGGGUGUUUGAGGAGUUAUGAAGUUGUGCGCUGUGUGUUAAAAAAAAAGUACUGGAUAAAGAAGAAAGAAUUUCUGUUUAAUUUUAAAAGCAACUUUUUUGCCUAGUGUUCUGAUGUUGGAUAGCAGAAUCCACAGACCAGUCUGGAGUUUAAAAAGCCCGUAAUUUAAAAUAUGCUCUAAACGUUGAUUACAUUUGAUAUUACAGGAUUUUUCAUCUACCUCUACCCCAGUUGUUGGUACUCCGUGUAAAACCUUAUUUUGAAAGGGAACUUCAGCAGCUGUGCUCACGAGUAGCUGAUUUACAAGUGAUCUCCCGAUGAGGUAGCCUUAUGGGAGCCCUGAAAACCUUAUGCUUGUGUUGUUUAUUAACAGUUAGCUCCAAGUGAUGGCAACCUAAGUGAGAGCCAAGAUUUUACACAGUGACAGAUAUUUAUAAAUUUUUUCUCACACGUAUAUCCUUAUGACUUUUGUGAUUUGAUUAUACAUGAAGUUGUUUCAGGGCUCCUAGAAUUCAACAAACACAAUAGGCACUGGGGUAGAGAAGUAAAAACACCCAGCCCCCUGGGCUCAGGCAGCUCCAUCUCUAGUUGGACAAGAAAACAGUAACAAUUAAAAAAAAAAAAAGUAACACAAAAAAGAGCAAAAGAUGUCCUUUAAAGGGGAUAAGCACAUGCUAAAUGAGGUUCUCAACUGUGAAGGUGGAUCUGUUGUUAGAGGCAGAAUGAGUCAACACAAAUACUCUGGUCCGUGGUCUGGAGGAAAAUGCUAAAUUCUAUUGUAAACUAAUACAUUGGCAUUCUGGGUUGUGCAGGAGUGGGGGUGAGCUGGAUGAACUGCCGAGAGACAGAGCUACUCUCCGUGCACUGGCAAGAUCUGGUGUCUGAGUAUUUAAGAUGGUUGCAGUGGGAGUGCAGAGGUGGAGUUGGGCUAUAAUAAUGUAUUAUGGGCCUUUUACCAUUUCUAGAAAAAAAGGCAUUACUUUAACUUUGCAAAGGAAUUCAGAAAGCCAACUUUCAAAACAAAAUGCAUAUGUUUAGAUAAUUUUUCCUUUUUUGUAGCUUGGGUUUAAAUUUUAAUAGGUGUAAAUAGUUUUCACCCUCUCUGACUUGUUCUUUCUGUAAUAAUCCCAAAUAUAUGAAUUAUGUUUGCAUGUUUCUUUACCAGAGUCUUUUUUGAAAAAGCUUUUUUGAAUCGUUAAUGAUCUUUCAUAUUUCAAUAAAGUGUUUGAAAGCUUUA